AGUGUAAGUUUGGACCAAAACGACGACGUGCAAUGAAAGAUAUUAAACCGGGGUCCAAACUCUAAAACAGAGUCAGAUCCCAAAUCUCCUUCACUAUCAGAGAAAAAAAAAAGAACUCUCUAGGGUUUAAGCUUAACACGCAAAUCUCUACCAGGAUAUACGCCAUAAAGAUUAGAUUUAUCACUGGUUAGAGUAAGCAGAAGACAAAAUGGAAGUUAUUCCAUCAGGGGGUGAAAAUGCUUUGUCUACAGUUGGUCCAAGGCCAAUGGAAUGGUCUACUGUCCCAUAUAGUACUCCUCAAGCACCUGGGCCAAAUGGAAAACAGCGGACUUCAAGUUUGGAAUCGCCAAUCAUGUUGCUGACGGGCCAUCAGAGUGCCAUAUAUACAAUGAAGUUCAAUCCUGCGGGAACAGUUGUUGCAUCUGGGUCCCAUGACAAAGAAAUUUUUCUGUGGAAUGUGCACGGGGAUUGCAAGAACUUCAUGGUUUUAAAAGGGCACAAGAAUGCAGUUUUGGAUCUUCAUUGGACCACUGAUGGAUCACAGAUAAUAUCAGCCAGCCCUGACAAAACGCUGAGGGCAUGGGAUGUUGAAACAGGAAAACAAAUCAAGAAAAUGGCAGAACACUCCUCAUUCGUGAAUUCAUGCUGUCCAUCUCGGAGAGGGCCACCACUUGUUGUCAGUGGAUCUGAUGAUGGAACUGCCAAACUGUGGGAUAUGCGUCAGAGGGGUGCUAUUCAGACAUUUCCAGAUAAAUACCAAAUCACAGCCGUCGGUUUCUCAGAUGCAUCUGAUAAGAUCUUCACAGGUGGUAUUGACAAUGAAGUAAAGGUAUGGGACUUGCGCAAAGGUGAAGUUACAAUGACACUUCAAGGUCAUCAAGAUAUGAUAACAGGUAUGCAGUUGAGUCCUGAUGGCUCCUAUCUUCUUACAAAUGGUAUGGAUUGCAAACUCUGCAUAUGGGAUAUGCGUCCAUAUGCACCACAAAAUCGGUGUGUAAAGGUAAUGGAAGGGCACGAACACAACUUUGAAAAGAACUUGUUGAAGUGUAGCUGGUCACCUGAUGGAAGCAAAGUCACUGCCGGGAGUUCAGAUCGGAUGGUAUACAUUUGGGAUACUACAUCUAGACGCAUCUUGUAUAAGCUCCCUGGUCACACUGGUUCAGUCAAUGAGUGUGUCUUCCAUCCCAGUGAACCUAUUGUUGGAUCUUGCGGUAGUGAUAAACAGAUUUAUUUGGGGGAGAUCUGAGAAUCGCAACUUGAAGAACUUACACCUUAGUGACCGUUAUUUCAGCUAAUUGUUGGCUCUGUAAGGGCCCCUCAAAGACUUUCGAAAGGUUGUAUUCAUAUCUCUACUAUAGUUCCCCAAGUUGACUUUUGGUAUCUUUAUUGGCAAUGUUGGAAGAUUAUGUUCCAUUUUGGAAAA